UUGUAGGGACCCCGGGUUUGGUUGCGAGAGCAUUGUUGUAGCUAGCUGCUUAGCUAAUUUCAUCUGGGCAGCUUCCUCCUCGCUAUUAAAAGUGAUCUUAGAACAGAAUCUUAAUUUUAAGGCCAACGUGUCGUGUUUCAGUAACACCAACAAAGUACUCGUAUGAAGUUGCUUACCGUUUAACUUUAACUCCAGACUAGCCACUCAAUUAACGUUCGCUUCACUACUAGCAAGUCAAGCUAGCAAAUGUGUUUGUCUAUGCACCCCAGUCUAGCUAGCUAGCUAACUCAAGUCCCUAAAUUCGCAGGAAUGAACCAUAAAAGUAAGAAGAGGAUCAAAGAGGCGAAGCGGAGCGCCAGACCUGAGCUGAAGGACUCUUCAGACUGGACGAAACAUGACUAUUGCGAGACUUUCGAUGUGUCACACCGCUCAGUGAAGGACAAUGUUGAGCGUGUGGACACCCUGCGUCUCAGCGCAGAGGAGUUCAUCCAGCGCUUCGAGAGGCCCUACAAACCUGUGGUGCUGCUCAACUGUCAGGACACCUGGCCCGCCCGCGAGAAGUGGACCAUGGAGCGCCUCAAACGUAAGUACCGCAACCAGAAGUUCAAGUGUGGUGAGGACAACGACGGUUACUCUGUGAAGAUGAAGAUGAAGUACUACGUGGAGUACCUUGAGUCCACACAGGACGACAGCCCACUCUAUAUCUUCGACAGCAGCUACGGCGAGCACGCCAAGCGCCAUAAACUGCUGGAGGACUAUCAGGUGCCAGUUUACUUUAGGGACGACCUCUUCCAGUUCGCCGGGGAGAAGCGCCGGCCUCCUUACAGAUGGUUUGUAAUGGGUCCUGCCCGCUCUGGCACUGGCAUCCACAUUGACCCGCUGGGUACGAGUGCCUGGAAUGCCCUGGUGCAGGGGCACAAGCGCUGGUGCUUGUUCCCCACCCACACGCCCCGGGAGCUGAUCAAGGUGACCCGGGAGGACGGGGGCAACCAGCAGGACGAGGCCAUCACCUGGUUUAACGUGGUGUACCCACGCACCCAGCAGCCAACCUGGCCUGCUGAGUUCAGACCCCUGGAGAUUCUGCAGGGACCAGGGGAGACUGUGUUUGUCCCUGGAGGCUGGUGGCAUGUGGUUCUCAACAUGGACACCACCAUCGCUAUCACUCAGAACUUUGCCAGCACCACCAACUUCCCCAUCGUGUGGCAUAAAACUGUGCGGGGCCGGCCCAAGUUAUCAAGGAAGUGGUAUCGUAUCCUGAAGCAGGAGAGGCCAGACAUGGCUACCUUGGCAGACAAAGUGGACCUCCAGGAAUCGACUGGCAUCGCCUCGGACAGCUCCAGUGACUCUUCCUCCUCCUCUUCCUCCAGCUCCUCUGACUCAGACUCAGAGGCUGAGUCGGGCUCGGAGGGGGACGCCAUGUCUCACAGGCGGAAGAAGAGGAAGACAUGUGGCAUGAUAUCCAACGGAGACAGCAGCACCAAGGACGACUGUGUCAGCAAAGAGCGCAGCUCCUCCCGGUGACCCCCUCGCUCCGCCCCGGCUCUCCAAAAGGCCACACCCAGGGGGACUCUCGCAUGAAGAGCGGCCAAUUUAUUUGUUUUCAUUUGUGUAUCUCCAAAGGAGAGUCUGGUGACCCUCUGUCAGUCUGUUGGAUAGAUAAGAGGGCCAGCCUAACCUUAGGCUGUGAUAAAGGAGAUUCCCCCUGAGGCGCGGACCUCUUGGAGAUUUAUCUGCCACCGCUCAGCUUCUAGUCAAACGUCAAUCUAUAUUGCUGUUGCUUGUGGGGUGUGGGAAGAGCAGUAUUUCAGUGCGAGGGAGGGGUGUUGACCUUUGGAGAGAGGUGGGCUUAUGCCUUGAUGUACACCAGGAACUGGGGCUGAGGCAGGGAGCCUAUCAGGCUGGCCUGUCUCCUCUACAGUGCCAUGGUCUUAUGUUGCUCAGUGGGGAAAUGUUUUCUAUUCACAGUGAGAUGAUGGAUAGAUGGAUAGAUGUGCUUUGGAUUGACUUUACUUUGCAGUACAUGGGAUGCCAGUUGAGUUUUAUCAUGGCAGAGUUGACCAUCUUUAGAUAUUAAAGUGUACUGUGAGUUUUAUAAGUUGAUACUGUAUGACAGGGUAAGGGUGGAGGGAGAUGCUGCCUUCUUAGUCUGCAAAAAAGCCACUGAUUCUUUAUUUAACAUUUCUGCUUUCA